UUGUUUUUAAGAACACGCUGACGAACAAACAGUAGAAAGACGACAUCACCGCAGUCGCUUGCUGAAGGUGGACAAUGAAUUGUUUUGGACAGAGUGCUAACACGUAUUGACAUGGCGGAAAAGAGGCCUGCCUAUGAAGCAAUGUCAUUUGCUCUUAUUAAGUGGACUUUCAUCCUACAGGCCGUCACUGCUCAUGGUCAACAAAAGGAGCUGCAGUGUGGCGAGCCCGGCCCCGCCCCCAACACGCACCUGCAACUGGAGGACGGGGGACGAACUCUGCACUACGCGUGCUUCUACACCUACACACAUCUGUCCGGCACCCUGACGCGCCGGUGUGACAAGGGCAAUCUGACGGGAGAGGCCCCAGUGUGCCAGUUGGACUGUGGUUCCCCACUGAUAACGGACAGGGCUGUGUCCUUCACCUCUCCCUACACCACUGCGGGAUCAACGGCGACGUACACCUGCCCCGGCGGUACGGCGAACGCCAAGUCAACGUCGCUCUGUGAUCCUGUGAGAGGAGAAUGGGCUGACGCAGACAAAUGUCACGGUAAACUGACCCUCACAGACAUACACAACAUAACACAAUCGUCCUUAGCGCUCCGACAUGACGUCAUCACAUCCAACAGCGAGACCAGCUCCUCAACCAGUGUCUCGGACAAAGCGUUGUAUGGAGCUUACAACGCCAUAGACCCAAUGGAUGGAAUGUACCUCGCGCAAAGCCACUGUAGCAGCACUGCAGCGGAGCACAAGCCAAACGUCAUCAUUGCUCUGAAGGCUGUAUUCGACGUGCUCCGUGUGGUGAUCACCCUGCCUAACGACACCUAUGCCUACACUUUGGACAACUUCUGGGUGUAUGUCAGUCCGCUGUCUUCCGGUGCAGGCUGGACUUUCUGUGGCCGACGCAACCGCAGGCUUGAACCCGGUACAACAAUUAUGUUCACGUGUAGUCACAAACGCGUUUUUCUUGGGAGGCGUAUCAAGCUGCACACUGAGUUCCCCCCGGACCGCAAGGGGAUGCUGCAGCUCUGCGAUGUCCAAAUUUACGCGGCCACCCCGUCAGUGGACUGCGGCAAGCCGACUCCGGUGUACAAGCUGGCUGUUCCUGUCCCUCCAGUGACGACUGGCCGCGGCUCCACGUGUAAUUACACAUGCGAAGGGGGCUUUACACGGAUUGGGGGAUCUGGUCAUUCUGUCUGUGAACAAGGCGGCUACUGGUCAAAACCGACACUGUUGUGCACUGAUGAAAUCAAUUACGCCUACGGCAACAAAUCGUGGAUGGCAGCUUCUCGCGAUGCCAGCAUCCCCACCACCGUUGCCCACAACAUCACCGACAAAGACAGGUCCACGUGUCACCUCGUUACACAGACAACCAGUGUGUUAUUUACAAUUGACUUUGAGCAACUGGUGGAAGUAAGUGAUAUAUCACUCGUUAUACCAGAUGUCUACAGCGUAGGGGCAAAGAUAAUCCUCUCCGUGACCCGAGACACGGCGGACAAGAAGACAUGUAAGGAAUGGUCGCCGGGCGAGGAUGCCCUGGGGGUGACACACUUUGACUGUUUACAACAUCCGGUCGGUCGAUACCUGCUCGUCGAGGCAUCCUUCCGGGCUCCGAGGGACUUCCGGUUGUGUGACGUUUGGGUUGGAGGCCGCAGUUUUGUCAGACCCUAUGAAUGUUUCACGGAUUAUGGCUACAAGGGCACUGUUAACGUCACCGUGAUGGGCAUCCCUUGUAAGCACUGGGACGCCCAGCAACUCAACACAUUCUCCUACGAUCUCCCAGACUACAGUUUAACGGAAGCAGGCAACCAGUGCCGCUCCACGUCUGACAGAACCGCCCCCUGGUGUUACACGGAAGAUCCCGGAGUGAGGUGGCAGUAUUGCCCAGUCGUCAACUGCGAGUCAAUGUGUACAGCCACUGAGAAAGGAGUCUUGUACAAUGGUAACAUCAGACACUCGUCCACGGGCAGCGCGUGCGUGGUCUGGGGCAGCGAUGACCUUGCCAUCAAACAGGAGACACUCUUCCCUCGUUCCAACCCUUGGACACGGAGCUGCAGGAACCCUGGGGCGUCGCAGUCCAAGCCUUGGUGCUACACAAAGUCCGAUGGCACUGACUACGGGCACUGUGACGUACCAGCAUGCGGUGGUGCCUCCAUGACACCCUAUAGACACUGGACAGUCAACGAGACUCACGACUUUGAUGGUUUACCCGGUGUAAAGGAAUGCUUUGUCUGGAACAACUUCUUCAAUGGCCGCGCGUAUGAUGGCAGUCGGUGGGCGGCCAAGACUCCCCACCACUUCCCCGGCGUCCCAAGCAAGGAGGAAGUGUGUUGGAAGGGACAUGCGUACAAUGCCACUAUGGCAUGCUGGGAAUAUGUCCGGGAGGAAGCGCACACUAUCAUCCUGGGCGUGGUGGAAUGUGUGUCGUGCGGGGACCCCCCUGUUAUAAACAACUCUAAUGUCACCGGCUUGACGAGCCACUACCCGGGCGGGGAGGCGAGGUAUAACUGUUUGCCGGGCUACGCGAGAAUCUCAGGGAGAAGAUUGAUCAAGUGUCAGAAGGAUGGGGAAUGGACUGUCUCUCAUCUGAACUGCAGCGCCGACUGUGGCCAGCCGCCGCCUGUGGACAACGCGGCAACAACUGUGACAGGGACGACGGAGAACCACACCGCUGUGUACACCUGUACUGCCGGGUUCAUGUCUCUCCACGGCAACACCACCAGCAGCAGCAUCUGCCUCAGAAACGGAUCAUGGGAACACCCCGACAUCAACUGUACAGUGCAAACUGCUCAGUCAGUGGGAGUGACGGAUAGCCCAACAGCGAACCAAUCAGUUAACCCAACAUCCAACCAAUUAGUUGUCCCAUCAAGCGACCAACCAGUUAACCCAACACCUAGCCAAUCAGUUAACCCAACAUCCAACCAAUUAGUUGUCCCAUCAAGCGACCAAUCAGUUAACCCAACACCUAGCCAAUCAGUUAACCCAACAUCCAACCAAUUAGUUGUCCCAUCAAGUGACCAAUCAGUUAACCCAACACCUAGCCAGUCAGUUAACCCAACGGCUGGCCAAUCCGUUAACCCUACACCUAGCCAAUCAGUUAACCCAACACCUAGUCAAUCAGUUAACCCAUCAUCCAUCCAAUCAGUUAUCCCAACAACCGACCAAUCAGUUAACCAAACACAUAGCCAAUCAGUUAACCCAACGGUUAGCCAAUCCGUUAACCCAACACCUAGCCAAUCAAUUAACCCAACACUGAGCCAGUCAGUUAACCAAACACCUAGCCAAUCAGUUAACCAAACACCUAGCCAAUCAGUUAACCCAACAACUGACCAAUCAGUUAACCCAACGGCCAUCCAAUCAGUUAUCCAAACAACCGACCAAUCAGUUAACCAAACACAUAGCCAAUCAGUUAACCAAACACCUAGCCAAUCAGUUAACCCAACAUUCAUCCAAUCAGUUAUCCCAACAACCGACCAAUCAGUUAACCAAACACAUAGCCAAUCAGUUAACCAAACACAUAGCCAAUCAGUUAACCCAACAACUGACCAAUCAGUUAACCCAACACCUAGCCAAUCAGUUAACCCAACGUCCAGCCAUUCGGACCUUGGAUCAUCAAUUGUUACAAGUGCAUCGACAGCCCUGUCCACCACGUCCACGCCGACACACACAACCACAGCAACUGUAAUAACAGUGGAUAGAUAUGGAAGAACGCGCCAAAGGACAUGCGUGUGUCGAUGUGUAGACUUCCGUCGACGGAACCUGACGCUGGAACAGAGACUGACGGACCUGCGCGUGGGAGUGGAGAAGAAGAACAUGUAUAUCCUGCGGCACAAGAAGAUUAGCGCGCCAGAUCCCAGGGUCUCCUCCAUGGGUGUGGGCGCGAUGGGAAUACUGCUCAUGGUAUUCCUGUUCGGGGCUCUGCUCAUUCCCGAUGUGAUAAGCCUGGUGCAGUAUGGGCUGAGGCGUGGACAAGUGGUUGAUGCAAUGUCGUAGGGCGGUAAUUCUCCAUACAAAUAUGGCUGGUCAAGCUAGUCGAGAGUUGACACAUUUUUUGGAUAACAACUUCAUUAUUUUACUUUAAUGGUGAUGUUUCGGUAUAGAUCCUUAUACGGUUGCCAAAGUUCAAUACUGAAACGUCGCCAUUGCAGUAAAAUAAAGUUGUUAUCCAUAAAUUGUGUCUACUUUGUCAUCCCUCAACUUCUAAGGAAUGCCUACAAAACAAUAAUUGACAGUUCUUGGUUGUUAUUGAUUGCAAUAUGUCUCAUGGCAACACUAGGUAAUAGUAUCGUUAUUGGAAAGAAAAUGACUAUUUGCAUCCAAAACAUCGAUAACGUUCUAAGAGUCACAGCCAAGCAUACUGUAAAUCAUAAAAUUUAAUGCGAGAAUGAAAUUAAUGCGAAACAUGCGAGUGUCCUUGUUGGCAUUAAUAAAGUGAAGCAUUUGUAGCUGGACAUAUUGGAGCAUAUUGUCACGUCAGGUUCACUGCACAUGGGCGUAGAGUCAGGGAGUUGGACAUAUCGCAGCUUUUAACAGUAUUCCAGUUUUAUCACAUAUCAGCUUGAUGUAGGAGGAAAGUCCAAAGUGAUGCAAGUCUUAAACGUUUACCACUUUAUUACUGGUAACAUUGCUGACCGUGGUCCCCUCGUGGUAUAUUCUCCCUGCAGUGUUAUAUUGUACGAGAAACAACUCCCUCUUCGUUUAUUUCAUUUAUGAGAUAUCAACAUUAUGUAUGGUAUCUUUAAGGAUGAAGAUAAAAUGUACAAGCUCCAAAAAUAUUUCCCCGUAUUUUAAAAAUGACGACUCCCUCAACAGAAUCCGACUUCGGAAAUAUCAGAUAAGUCCAUUUUAUGUAGAGGUUGUUUUUUCCCGCAUAUUCUCACAAUCCCCAAGACCAUCACCUGUACCUUUUCUCCCAAUACCGACUGUCAUAUCUCUCCUGCUGUUGGAUUUGAUUGUUCGACCAUCGUGUUUAUCUGCGUUACCCAGCUACAUCUAUGGGGAACAACUCGCUAGACACUUCCCUAUCAAAAAUAACAUGGUCCAAUUUACCUCAAGUUGGGAGGGAAUGUUCGAAUCUCCAGAAAGGACGUCAAGAUAGAACACUGUAUUAUCGUGAAAUA